CUCAAGCAAUAGUUUAACCUUGCUCGAUGAAUGACUACACGCAUUUGAUGUUUUCAAUGUUUUUAGGAGUUCAAGCUCCUUACACAGUAUGAAAAGGCGGCAUGAAGGUGAACCAAAGUUGUGCCAGUUCAAAAACUGCCGUUUAUUGAGAGACAGUAAAUUGAUCGAAGAGGACCUGUGGGUGACAGAUGGGAAGAUCAUUGAUCCACGAAAUGUAUUCUGGGGAGAGCAAGUUCGAGCCGAUGUUCAAAUUGAUUGUAACAAUUUAAUCAUAAGCCCAGGAUUUAUUGACCUCCAAAUAAAUGGUGGAUUUGGAGUUGAUUUCUCUUCUGAUCCUGAAAAGUUAGAGGAAGGUUUGAGGACUGUUUCCAAGGGUCUCUUACAACAUGGUGUGACAUCCUACUGUCCUACAAUUGUCACAUCAUCACAAGCAAGUUACAACGAGAUUUUGAAGAAGAUAAAAAGAACCCCAGGUGGAGCUCAUGGUGCAGAAAUAUUAGGUGCCCAUUUGGAAGGUCCGUUCAUCAAUCCUGAAAUGAAAGGAGCUCACAAAGAACACCUGAUGAGGCAGAUCAGCACCAAAGGAGCCCAAGAAAUUGAGGAUUUUUAUGGUUCAUUAGAUCAUGUGAGCAUCAUAACAAUAGCUCCUGAACUGGCUGGGGACAGUAUGGAGUCCAUUCAACAGUUAGUAAAGAGCAACAUUGUGGUAUCAAUAGGCCACUCUGCAGCAAACUUGUCCAUUGCAGAGAAAGCAGCAAACAAAGGUGCUUCCUUUAUCACUCACCUUUUCAAUGCCAUGUUGCCGUUCCAUCACAGAGAUCCUGGAAUUGUUGGACUUCUCACAAGUUAUGAUAUCCCUAAACCCAUAUUUUAUGGACUGAUAGCUGAUGGAAUUCACACACAUCCAACAGCCACAAGAAUAGCUCACAGAUCACAUCCUAAUGGGCUUGUCUUAGUCACUGAUGCUAUUGCUGCCCUUGGACUUUCUCCAGGACUACACAAGCUCGGCCCAAUGCAAGUGGAGAUAAACCAUGAAAAAGCUACCUUGAAAGGAACUAACACACUUGCAGGAAGCAUUGCCUCGAUGGAUGUUUGCAUUCAGAGAUUCCGGAAAAUGUCAGGCUGCAGCACUGUAGAAGCACUUGAGGGUGCUACUCUCCACCCCGCCCAGGUACUGGGGAUCAAACAUAAAAAAGGCACCUUGAACUAUGAAUCUGAUGCAGACUUAGUCUUUCUAGAUGAAGACCUCAAUGUGCAUGCCACGUUUAUCGCUGGUGAACCAGUGUGGCUGAGGAAGGAAGGUUUGGUGACGGGUGUGAUGCAACUGAAGUACAGCAUGAUAGGAAGUAAAUCAAAGAGAGUGUCACUUAUGGAAUAGCCACAACCACCCAUCGCACUGUAUUUUCUGAAAUAAUCAUUCACAUCCUAAGAUAAGUCCUCUCCAAAUUUGCACUCAACCCUUUGGUGAAACAAGCAAGUGAGCACUAUUUAAAUUCGUGGUCAAAAUGUUAGAAAUUUAUUUUAAAAAAUUGAUUUUGAAACUUUUACUUAUUUCCUAACAAAUUGUUCAUCCAAUUGUAUAUAAUUAGGUCUAAACUAUACUUAAAUGAAUGUGAUGAAGUAUAUUAUUUUUAAAAAAGAUUAUGCUGAAAACAAUUGCUCAACAUCUAAUUUUGUAGGUAUCAUGUUCAAAAAUAUGCCAGAGCCAGCCUCAGUGCCUUUGUAUUUUGCAGAGUUAAGUCAACAAGAAAUAAAAUUGAUAUUUUUAAUUCCA